AUGGAUGAUGUAACCAAUAUCGGCAUAGAAAUCUGUAUUGGUAUAUCGGUUGCCGCGUUCCUUCUUACAACCAAUCGCGUUCCAAAAGCCUUGGAGAUACUCAAGGAAUGCUUGAAACUCCUCAACAACAAAACCCUUCGAAGUAAAAAAGAUUUCGUCAGAUCAAAGACCAGAGUCGUUUAUGUUGAAAUGUUUAAAGGGUACCGUCUCAUCAGCGACCACAAAAGUGCGAUAGAAUGCGGGGAAAAACUUCUGGUGUUGCUUCGCGAAAAUGGAGAAAGAGAAUCAGAAGGGUACGUCACCCACGACCUGGCAAUAUUGUAUAAUCAUCAAAGAAAAUAUAAGGAGGCCAAGGAGCUUUUGCAAAAAUCACUUAAUAUUAUGAUAGAAACUGGAAACAAGCAAGGGGAAGGAAAAUGUUACGGAAACCUAGGACAGGUGUCAUGGUCUCUCGGUGAAAAUGUUAAGGCUAGAGAGUAUAUUGAGAAAUCGCUUGCGUUCAGAAAAGAAAAUAUAAAUGGCGAUAAAGAAGGAGAAGCAUCAGACUAUUCAAACCUUGGAAAUGUGUUUCAAUCCACCGGUGAAUAUCGAAAGGCUAAAGAAUGCCACGAGAAAGCACUUGCCAUAAUAAAACUAACUGGCAAUAGAGAAAAAGAAGCGUCUUGUUACGGAAACGUGGGAAUUGCGUUGCAUUCUCUUGGCGAAUACACAAAAGGAAUAGAAUGUCUUGAAAAAGCGCUGCGGAUAAGAAAAGAGAUUGGCGACAAAGAAGGGGAAGCGUCAGAUUACUCUAACCUGGGGAGAAUUUUCCAGUCUUCCCGUGAAUUUGACAAGGCAAUAAAAUGUUACGAAAAAGCACUUCCUCUUACAAAAGAUAUUGGCGACAGAAAAAGUGAGGCGUCUUGUUACGGAAAUUUGGCAGCAUUGUUUCAGUCGGUGGGUGACUCUAUCAAGGCUAAGGAAUAUCAUGAAAAAGAAGUUGCGAUCAGAAGAGAAAUCGGCGACCGUAAAGGAGAAGCAGAAAGCUUGAGAACACUGGGAAGUGCCUGUGAGACUUGCGGUGAAUAUGUUAAGGCUACGGAAUAUUUCGAAAACGCACUUGCAAUCGAAAGAGAAAUGGGCAAUAAGAGCGGGGAAGCCACAUGCUAUAUUAACCUAGGAACCGUGUCUGACUCUGUAGGUGAAUAUGCACAAGCUAAAGAUUAUUUCGAAAAGGCACUUGCUAUCGCGGUGGAAGUUGGUGACAAGAGAAUAGAAGCUUCGUGUUACGGAAACCUAGGAAGGGUUUUUAUUAGCCUUCAUAAGCACACAAAAGCUAAAGAAUAUCUGGAAAAGGCACUUGCUAUAAGAAAACAAAUUGGCGAUAUUAAAGGAGAAAUAGCAGAUUAUGGAAACCUAGGGAUACUGUUUAAGUAUCUAGGGGAAUUCAGGAAGUCUAAAGAAUACUAUGAAAAAGCCCUGGCGAUCGCAAAAAAAGCUGGCGACAAGAAAAAAGAGGCCUCGUGCUAUGCAAACUUAGGAAACGUACUUAAGUGGUUUGGUGAAAUUACAAAGGCUAAAGAAUACCUAGAAAAAGCGAUUGUAUUGAGCAAAGAGAAUGGAGAUGUUCAAACAGAGUUAGCAAGCCACGCUAGCCUAUCACUUGGAGAGCUACUGAAAGGCAACAUAUCUGGAGCUAAAUCUCACCUUUUUGCUAGUAUUAAAAAUUCUGAGGAUAUACAAACCUUUCUGAAAGACAAUGAUAAAUUAAAGAUAUCGGUUUUCGACAAACACUCUGACUCCUACCAGUUGCUCAGUACCUGUUACUGGCUCACCGGGAAUCCUAAUGAAGCUCUUUCGGUUGCAGAGCUUGGACGGGCCAGAGCCCUGGCUGACUUAAUGUCAGCCCAGUAUUCUGUGGAAAAACAAACAUCGAUCGAUCCACAGUCUUGGGGUGGUAUUGAAAGAAUCGCGAAGAAUGAAAAGAACUGUAUCUGUCUAUAUAUUUCUUACACUCUUAUGAGGGAUUUGUUUUUGUGGAUUCUCAAAGCAGAUGAACAGACAGGUUAUCGUCACGUAAAAGUCAAUGACUGCUUUUAUAAACAUGGAAUAAUAAGAAAUGAGGAUGAAAUUUUUGAUGACCGAAUGUUAAGCAAGUUUCUUUUGUUGCCUCUUGGGCAUUGUGAAGAUCGAUCAUGGUUUUCUUCCGACGUUAGCCAACAAGCUCGAGAAUCUCCAGAAACCUGCGAGGCUCGUUUUCGAAAGCCAACUGAGAAAAAAGAGCAAGAUCCAGAUAAGACUCUCGCUUUGUAUUACGAAGUGAUCAUUGCUCCUGUGGCUGACUUACUUGACAAAGACGAAAUAAUCAUAGUCCCUGAUCGCUCCUUUUUCAAGGUUCCGUUUGCAGCGUUAAAGAGUGACAGUGGGAAGUACUUGUCCGAGUCUUACAGAAUCCGCAUUGUUCCUUCUCUUACCACACUCAAGCUCAUUCAAGAUACUCCAGCAGACUACCACAGUCAGACUGGUGCACUGAUAGUAGGCGAUCCAGAUGUUGGUAAGGUUCUUUUCAAGAGGAAAGAGUGUAACCCAACGAGAUUGCCUUCCGCAGAAGAGGAAGCUAAGAUGAUUGGGCGGCUUCUUGGAACAAAACCUUUGUUAGGACAGCAAGCAACUAAGGAGGCUGUUCUUCAAGCCAUAAGUUCAGUAAGCCUCAUCCAUUUUGCUGCUCAUGGAAAUGCUGAAAGAGGGGAAAUUCUCCUUGCUCCUGUACGCCCGACUGCUGAGAUUCCGGAAGAAGAAGACUACUUAUUGACAAUGGCUGACAUCGCACAAGUUCGACUUCGAGCCAAACUUGUAGUUCUUAGCUGUUGUCACAGUGCACGUGGAGAUAUUAAAGCCGAAGGAGCUGUUGGGAUCGCUCGAGCGUUUUUAGGAUCCGGUGCUCGCUCAGUUUUGGUGGCACUGUGGGCCAUAGAAGACAAGGCAACAAAGCAGUUCAUGUGUCGUUUCUACGAGCACCUUGCUCGUGGUGAAAGUGCCAGUGAAUCUCUUCACCAGGCCAUGAAGUGGAUGAGAGAAAACGGCUAUUCCAAAGUGGGGCAAUGGGCACCAUUUACGCUGAUUGGAGAUAACGUUAACAUGGAUUUUCAAUAACGAAGGUAAGAAAAAAUUGCUUGCUAUCACUCAAGUCACUACACAGGCUUUUUACUUUUCUCGAUCUUUUCAAGUUUAAAAGAUGUCGCCCCAAAAUCGCCCCCUAAGAUUUUGCGUAAACUUUUUACUUUAUUUCUCUAGGGUAUUACAGUAGUCCCGAGAGAAAUUGAAGACAACUCCUAUGCAAAAUGUGUUUUGGCAAACAAGGUGUAUUAUGGGAGAUGUGCAAAUGGCGAUUAUGAUGGUGAUGAUGAUGAUGAUGCAUGUUAA